AUAAUUAUAUAUAUAUAAAAUGUGUAUGUAUCUUACUGUACAACACAUGCAUGGGGAAAAGUGUGGAAUACCAGCCUCCCCAAACAAAAGACUGACGCACCGCCUUUGCAUGCAUGCAUGCAUACCCCAAGCACACGCACACGCACACGCACACGCAUGUAUUACAAGGAGCCGCACGGCUGCGCGACAUAAACCUGUGACGUGACGAGAAGCCCCUGCAGUGACGUAUUAAACGCGGAUGUGAGUUUUUCUUGUUUUGUUUUGGGUGUUUCUUUCAAAGGGAGCAAAAUCAACAAGAAACAUCAAAGAAGAAAAAGCAGCGUGUUUAAAUGCACCAGCUGACCUUAGAAAAAUGAAGAACAGCUGCUAAACAGAGUCCCGUGUGCUGCCAUGGACAGUGUGGAGAUGGAGUCUGUCCAGAUUAAAGAGGAGGUCCCUGAACUUGAACUUCUCCCCUUUACAGUGGAGUUCUUUGGGCUGGCUUCCCUCCCCAUUAAACAGGAGCUCUGUGAGAUGCAAUGUGACAGCAGCCAGCCAGAGGUCUGUGAGGUUAAGGCUGAGCACAAUGAAUUGGAGAUCCCCCAGACAGAAGAACCCCUUCCUGUGAAACAAGAAGAGGUGCUGGAAACUGUCCUUAUUAAAUGGGAGCCCCCUGAAGUAGAGUUUGAUCUCCUGGAACCGGGGAAGGAAGAAUCCGAGGACUUGAAACCAAACAUCCCUGAGCUGGAGCCUGUACGCCUGCGGGAGUGUAGCGUGGUGCUGGAGAGGAUCUGCGUGAGAGAGCAAGGCGCUGGAGAGGAAGGCUCUCCCAACAGCACGCAAGGUGGUGGAAAGGAAGACGGGCGCUCUCAUUCAGAAUGCAGGCUAGCAGGUUCCAGUCCAGCAGCUAAAGCGAGGACGGGCGCUGGAGAAUUUCCUGACUGUGGGAAAGGUCAUGCCCAGUUUGGGCAUUUUAAAACACACCAGCAAACUCACACAGGAGAGAAACCGUAUCGCUGCUCUGACUGCGGGAAGAGUUUCAGACAUUCAGGAACCUUGAAAGCACACCAGCGCAUUCACGAUAAACCGUAUCGCUGCUCUGACUGUGGGAAGUGUUUCAGUAGGGUAGACCACCUUGAAACACACCAGCGAACUCACACAGGAGAGAAACCGUAUCGCUGCUCUGACUGUGGGAAGAGUUUCAGUCGGCUACACCACUUUCAAAUACACCAGCGAAUUCACACAGGAGAGAAACCGUACCGCUGCACUACAUGCAGAAAGUGUUUCAAUAACCCAGGAUCCCUGAAAGUACACCAGCGAACGCACACAGGAGAGAAACCGUACCGCUGCUCUGACUGUGGGAAAAGUUUCAGUAAUUUAGGAAGCCUGAAAGUACACCAGCGAUUUCACACAGGAGAGAAACCGUAUCGCUGCUCGAACUGUGGGAAGAGUUUCAGUCACUCAGGAGACAUGAAAAAACACCAGCGAACUCACACAGGAGAGAAACCGUAUUGCUGCUCUGACUGUGGGAAGAGUUUCAGUAGAACGGGUGGCCUUGUUUCACACCAGCAAAUUCACAAGAAAUUGUCAUAACCCUGUAGAUGUUUAGUUUAGAUUUAAAGUUAUUCUUCCACACAUUGCAAUUGCUGUAUGAACACAAUGCUACCAAGACUUCGCUGCCUCAGUGUUUUGUCUGCAUUGACCAGUCCUGUAUAUAAUCACAGAAGGGUUGUGUCCACUGUCUCCCAGUGCAGGAGUCAGGAUGUGUUGCAGUGGGGCUGACGCUGUGUUCAGCUCGGCUUUAGAUUGACGUGUUUCCAGCUGCUUUGACUUGGAAACUGCUCUGCGGCUACCUGCUGUAAAUAAAUAAAUAAAACCUGCCCAAGCCUUGCAGCGCCUGUUAAAACUGUACAGCUUGUGCAUGUGGCAGCUAAAGCGCCCCCUAGCAGUCAAGGACUGGUUUGAAUAACAGACUUCAUUGAGGGGAGCUCUGAGCCCCAGGACUGGGUGCAGCAGCAGCAGCAGC